GACACGUCAACAUAGUCGCUUCGCAGGCGGAUAUCAGUCAGAGAGCAUCUAUUCUGCAGUCAGAGGGAAUUUCUGUUCAAGACAUGGAGACAUUGUACAGUAUGCCGUUUGUGUUGCUGGAAUGCCCGAAUGUAAAGCUGAAGAAGCCGUCGUGGCUGCACAUGCCGUCGGCUAUGACUGUGUAUGCGAUAGUUAUCGUGUCCUACUUUCUCAUCACUGGAGGUAUCAUCUACGAUGUUAUUGUGGAGCCACCAAGUGUGGGUUCAAUGACUGAUGAGCAUGGACACCAGCGACCAGUGGCCUUCUUGGCUUACAGAGUAAACGGACAGUACAUUAUGGAAGGAUUGGCUUCCAGUUUCCUUUUCACGAUGGGAGGCCUGGGCUUUAUAAUCCUGGACCGCUCCAAUGCACCAAACAUUCCCAAACUCAACCGGUUCCUGUUGCUCUUCAUCGGUUUUGUCAGCGUUCUCCUCAGCUUCUUCAUGGCCAGAGUAUUCAUGCGCAUGAAGCUGCCAGGAUACCUCAUGGGCUAAAGACAAAAGGAGCACGCUUAAAAUGAUUUGGAUGGACGGAGGACAUCAACGCAUAGGUGCCGAACUAAAACAUGGAUAAACGCAACUCUUUCUAUAAUCAACCAUUGAGGACUGAAAGCACUGACCUUGCUCAAGAAAUUAGACCUGGCUGCACUGACGGUCUCGCACUGGCUCUGUCUCAUUGGUGUUCUUUGACUUUCUUCCCUCUCUCCAUCUCCAAACAAACUGAUGCAGCACAGGAUCACAUGCACGUGUCACAGCGACAUCAUUAGGACCUUUUUGGUCAUGAUAUCCAGGUCCCUCUCAGUGUAGUGCAUCUGUUGCAAACUCAAGCAAUGAGCUAGUAGUGCCAUGCAGCAGGUCACUGGAGUAGAAAAAGGAGAGGAAGUUACUGAACACUGUUGGCAUGCAGCCACUGUUUUGGGAUUAGCACUAUAUGAAUAAUUUAAAAGGGCAGAUUAAUGUUUAAGUUUUACGUUUUUGUAAAGAAAUCGUUGUAACGGCCUAUAACUUGUCACAGUUGCAUUUUUGUACAAGUAUGUGAAAUAAAUCUUCUUUUCAGA